UUAUUGAUAAGAAAUAGUCCUGUCAUUUAAUAUAAUAUAAUAAAACAAUUGUUUUUUUUUAUGAACGGUUUUAUUUAGUAAUUUUUCAAGUACAGUUACAUGUAUGAAUAUAAUCAUUGGUGUUGCUAAGACUGUAACCUUGUAGGUUUCGCGGAAACAUAAUAAGAAAUGCGGUUGUUUCGUAGAUGCAAGUUUCACGUUUAUCGUGAUGGCAAACAAAGACAAAACCCACGUUUUUUCCACAAAUAAAGUAAUCUAGUUUAUAUCUUAUCUUUUUUGAGAAUUUAUCACUAUUUGUAAAUGUAAAGUUUUGUAUAUACAUAUCAUCUAAGAUAUAAAUGAUUAGGAUACGUAACAAUGUACAAUAAAAAUAAUGAUGAAAACCAAGAAACGUACAUUGAAGACAAAUAUUAUCAAAGCGUUUUUAACAAAUUUGAUAAAAAUAAAUCUGGUGGUAUUGAACAAUUUGAAAUGCGACAUAUUCUAAAAAGUGAAGAUGAUGUACCCGAAGAGCUUUCAAAAAUAAUAUUCGAUAAUGCCGAUACAAAUGAAGAUGGUGUUUUGGAUCCCAACGAAUUUAAUUGUGUGAUAAAAGACAAAAAAAACAAAUCGAUAUUUACCAGAUAUGUUAAUAUAUACAUUCGAUAUGUUUUACCAAGAAAAAAACGGAUUCAUAUAAAUGAGGAUUGUAUAGAUGGCGUUUAUGAAGAACAUUAUACAUGGUGGCCGCCGCCGUUGAUUUUAAUUAUAAUAUCUGCUAUAGAAUUAACUUUAUUUAUUGUGGAUGAAACUUCUUCUCGUUUAGGACCCACGGCUACAUUACUCAUUUACGAUCCUUUCAGAAGAGAAGAAGCCUGGAGAUUUUUUACUUACAUGCUGGUACAUAUAGGGUUUACGCAUAUUACAAUCAACAUAAUAGUCCAACUUUUUUUGGGUUUUCCUUUGGAAAUGGUGCAUAAAUGGAGAGUAAUGAUUGUAUAUUUUUCUGGGGUAGUAGCUGGUUCUCUCGGUACGUCCAUAAUGGAUCCUGGUACGUACUUAGCAGGAGCUAGCGGUGGGGUUUAUGCUUUACUCACUGGACACAUAGGAACCAUAUUUAUGAAUUGGAAUGAAAUGUGUUUUCCCGUUCUACAAGUGGGAUUGUAUAUUCUAAUAAUAAUGUUCGAUGUUGGUGAUUCCGUUUAUAAUAGAUACGUUCAAAAAACCGGGGAAAAUAUAGGUUAUGUCGCUCACUUUUGUGGCGCCAUCGCCGGGCUCCUAGUUGGAAUUUGGAAUUUAAAAAAUUUUGUGCCAUCCAAAAAAGAAACUUACAUAUGGUGGGCGGCACUUACUAUUUAUAUUAUUUUCAUGGGUAUUAUGGUACUGCUCAACGUAUUUUGGAAGGACCACUUUAUUUAUACCAACGUGAUUUAAAUUUUUUUUCUCAGACUAAUUCUAUAUAUUCAAAAUUAUUUUAUUUUUUAUUAUCCAAACUUUUGUUUCAAUACAUUUAUACGAAAAGAAUAAAAAACUGUUUUACUCGAAUAAAAAUCCUCAUUAUAUCGACACUGUAACCUUUAUUUAUAUAUGUCUUAAGGUACAAUUUCAUAUUAACACUCGAAAUUCGCUUAGAGUGUCAAAUGUGAUCACUUGGUAUAAUUUCGAUUGGAUGGCCAUCUUACAUUGAUGCAACGUCUGUCAAAAUUGAUUAAUUACAUUCUUAGUGUGAAUGUCUGUAUUGAUAAAAUAUUUACUUUGUAGUUUAUUGCACUUUUCAAGAUUCAAAAAUGACAUACAUCAACCAUAGAGAAACUAUAAAAAUAGAGGUUAAUCAAAUUAAGUGACAUGUGCAUCAAUUAUGCUAUAAUCUGAUAUUGUUACCAAACGAACGUACACGCGACUAUUAGUGCAUAUCUGUGGUCCCAUAGAAAAAUUGAUCAAUUUUUUUCAUUUAAUCUAUUGAAAUAAAACUUCAGGUGUUAUAAUUUUUAAAAUCUAUUUGAAAAACAGUUAUAAACAUAAAAAUUGUGAGUAAUUUUUAAUAUACUCCAUGAUUGUUUCGAUAAAAUGUAGCUGUACACUUAUUGUGUAAAAGUCAUUUGACUAGUGUGAAGGAAGUGGUAAUGACAAUUAUUUAAAAUGCAAAA